AUGUUAGGCCCAGAACCAUUAACAUACACUCCUCUUGACUUGUCUCGCCAAACAUUUCGUCUCCUCCGGCUUUUGCCGCCGAAACCACCCCUCAUCCCAGGCUGCUACGGCACAGUGAGAAUCGAAUUAAUUGAUGCCGAGAUCGACGCCAACGGUAAAGCAUCAUGCAAAUACGACGCUCUUUCGUAUUCCUGGGGCAAAAGCAAACCCAAUCGACCGAUCAUCGUGGAAGAUGGAGGCAAAUCUUACCGUCUCUGGAUAACGCGUCCGCUGGAAUUAGCCCUCUUGCAUUUACUUGAGAGCAAAGUCACAGAGCUGCCGCUCUUCGUGGAUCAAAUAUGUAUUAACCAGGCAUCCAAGGGCCAAGGUGGCGAUGACAACGAAAAGGCGCAUCAAGUGAGGCUCAUGCGGCACAUUUACUCCAGCUGCAACCGCACCAUUGUAUGGUUAGGGACGGCGACGCGUGGUUCCGACGAAUGGUUCAAGUAUACCCGCGAGCUCAGUAAUGAAGGAGUUCUAAGCAGAGUCAUGGGUCCUCGUGUCGCCACAUUCAUGCAAGUGUUUGACGCAGUCAUGGAUUCUUCGAUCCAAGUAACCGGGCAUCAAAAGGAAGACCGAGAUGACAUUCUGGAGCUUCUCAGGCUGCGAGGUGAUCAGUACCCCUUGGAUGGCUUCAUCGACGUCCUGGACCGCUCGUGGUUCAACCGUCUUUGGACCAUCCAAGAGGCAUGUUUGCCCCCAGAGGUCAUCUUCGUUUGUGGCAACCAGUCAUUAUGCUUCGAUUGCUUCCGCGGGGGCAAAUUAUUCUACAACAUAUACAACACACACUGGGUUAGGCACGUAAGGGAACCCAUAACACAGGCGGAACUCCACCGACGAGACGGCAUCUUCGCAAAGGGCGAUGGAUUCAACCGUGUCUUCCAAGAACGCAAGGCCAUUCACCAGACGGGGAUUAGGCAAAGUCUCUACGACCUUGUAUUGAAGUAUAAUGUCAACGAUGUCAAUAAGAAGAUUGGGGCAAGUCUCCCCCAAGAUAGAAUAUUCGGCCUUUUGGGGCUCAUGGCAGAGGACGACCCUCUUCGACAACGAAUCCAUGUUCGGUACAACGCCCUGAAUCCGGAGGCAGGUGUCCCGAGGGUAUAUACAGAAGUAGCCACCCUGUUGCUGGAGGAUAAUGUCGAUGUGCUGCUUUACACUCAGGCCGGGAGGAAGACCACGGGACUGCCGUCCUGGGUCCCGGAUUGGAAAAUGCCGCUGAAGCUUCCUAUCGGGUAUACGUCAAUGUUGGAAGCGUUAUUCACCGCCGGAGGGUCCAAGGACAACGGCUUGUUUAAAGUAAAUCACAAGACCGGGGAGUUGACCAUCCGUGGAGUCAUGGUGGACGAGGUUGCAUCUGUUGGUGAGCGGACGUAUCGCGACGAUGUCGAUUACAUGUUCCAAAGAGCUCCUGAUUAUCGCUGGUCGAAGCGUGUAUUCGACGAAGCAGCGCAGUUUGCGCGUGACGCUUAUGAGAUACGAAGCGGAGAAGGGUCACCGGCUGAUGAGCGCUCGUUAGCUCUCCAGGUUCAGCGAGUUUGUUGCUCUGGUAUAAGUUAUCAGCAAUUUACCAAUCGACUGGGUACACAAGCUGGCAUUGAUAGACUUGAAACCGUUCACAGCCAGCAUUCCCUUGUAGGAAAACGCCUGUUGGACUCUGAUGUCAAGGCUGCAGCGUGGAGCAUUACCCGAAUAUAUCGAACCCUUGGCAUCACCCCGUGGUAUUUUAUCCCACCGCCGGAGAUGGAUGCGUUGCGAGUCUGCGCACAGGAUCCCAUAUCAGCAGCAUUUGUACUGCGCGAUGCUUUAAAGGACGUCGUCGAGGACGUAAUCGGAAUGUGUGUCGCGUCGGCUCGAAUACGUUGGGCGCAGUGUUAUGUUCGACUACGGCGUCGAUAUGCCAAAGUAAACCUGCGCAUUGACGAGGAGACAUUCACAAAGCACGGUCUCGACGGUAGAAUGGAGAUCAGAGAGGACAUGGGCACCUUUGCAAACAACAUUCUCAAGCUCGUCGGGCGGCGGCUCUAUCUCACGCGGACAGGGUACGUUGGCAUGGGACCGCCGGAAAUGAAGCCAGGAGAUGCAGUCACGGUGUUUCAUGGGGGCACUACGCCGCAUUUAAUAAGGAGGGUGGUAGGGACGAAAGACGAGUUGUGGGAGUAUCGGGGCGAGGUGUACUGCGAUGGCAUCAUGAAUGGCGAAGCGUUGGGAGCCAAUGCCGAACGGGAUUUUACGCUGCGGUGA